UGUCUUUCCGGUGUUUCAUUGCUGAACUUUGUAUGGCACUCCUGCUUAUAAGUGAGUGCCAAACGGAGCGCAAAUGGAACUACGAACCCAUAUCGACGGAAGCCAUCUCAUCCGAUGAGAGUCUAAUAAAGAUAGAUGUCAAGAUUGAGCGCAUUAAUCGCAGAUCGUAUGGACUGACAGCCAAAGUGGACUGGAACUACGAUACGACUGAGGAAACCAUGGUCGAGGCCAAUGUCCUUCGAAGCUCCACGGGCGAUGCCAACGACUACAAGCUGCUUCCGUGGGCCAUUCCCAAGCAAUCGCUUUACGACCACUUGAAUACCUAUUACAAGGAUGUGUCGAUGAAGAACUUCAAGCACUGUUCCAAUGUUCCGCAAUUCGAAGGCAAAUUCCAACCGCCAUUGCCGAAGAAAACCUAUUUCGGCAACAAAUGCGUGAUCGAUGGCGAUGGAUUGCCGGAAAUUGUUCCCUCCGGAUUCUACAUGAUUAUACUGAAAUGCUACGGACCAAAUCAACCCACAUGGAACUCUACCUCAGUUUUUAAAAUAACACCAAAUUUUAUGUAAAACUAUAAUCUUAG